AUGUCUGGAUCAAGCGAGAAGGAAGCUGUGCAGAUGGCGGAGCAAGUGGACAACACCGAGAACCUCAAACAUAGCCGGACUGUUGACACUGUCCACAAUGACGAGGCCCUGAGGGUUCUGGCCAACUAUGAUGGUGAGCAACACUGGGAGGAGGCGGAGGAGAAGAAGUUGCGUCGUAAGAUCGACUGGAGGCUUAUGCCAGUCCUCUGUAUGACAUAUGGGCUCCAGUAUUACGACAAGGCCAUGCUUUCACAGGCUGCCUUGUUCGGCCUCAGGACCGACCUCGGGCUGACAGUAGGCGAUCGCUACUCGUGGACAGCUUCUAUCUUCUACUUGGGCUUUAUCGUCGGUGCAUAUCCUACCAUGGUGCUGGCACAGCGGUUCCCGAUCGAGCGCGUAGCCUCCGCCAUAGUUGUACUCUGGGGCUUGUGUCUGAUCCUCACGACUGUAUGCACCAACUACCAGACCAUCUACGUCCAGCGGUUCUUCCUCGGUUUUCUCGAGAGCGGCAUCAGCCCCAUGUUCAUGCUCAUCGUUGGGUCUUGGUAUAAGAAGCCCGAACAGGCCAUGCGAAUGGGCAUCUGGUACAGCUGCACCGGUUAUGUGAGCUGCAUCUCCCCACUGAUCAACUACGGCUUCGGCCUUAUCGGCGGUGGCGUCUCGUCUUGGAGAUACAUGUACUUUUUCGCCGGCGCUCUGACAAUCGCUUGGGGAAUCGCCUUGUACUUCGUUCUCCCGUCCGACCCCAUCCGAGCCCGUGGCUUUGAUACCCGCGAGCGCUACAUCCUUGUUGCCCGCCUGAGGACGAACAACUCCGGUGUGCGUAAUACGCAUUACAAGAUGGAUCAGGUGGUCGAGCUCUUCGGGGAUCUCAAGUACUGGCUGCUCUUUUCCAUUGCGCUCCUUUCCAUGAUCGCAAACGGUCCCAUCUCGACUUUUGUACCCAUUAUCAUCAACGGCUUCGGCUUCAGCACGCUGAACUCCCUACUUCUUCUGAUCCCCGCGGGCUUCUACGCGGGCAGUGUCCAACUUCUCAUGCCAUAUUUGGCCAUGAAGCUUCCGAAUGCGCGCAGCUACAUUGUCUUUGUGGCGCAAGUCGGCACCACCAUUGCCGCGCUUCUCUUGUGGCUCUUGCCACUCUCCGCCAAGCCCGCGUUGUUGUUUGCCACGGCCAUUCUGCCAUCGCUGGGAGGUGGCUAUGCUGUUCUAAUGUCAAUGUCGGUCGCUAACACGGCUGGAUAUACGAAGCGGUCAAUCGCAUCGUCGGGUUUGUACAUCGGAUAUUGUCUAGGGAACUUCGUUGGUCCGCUGGCCUUCAAAUCUCAGGACGCCCCGCGCUACGUUCCUGGAUUUAUCGUGGUCGUGAUCACAUCCAUCGCUGCCGGUGUUCUAGCACUAGUGUACAGAUUCGUAUGCGCUUGGACGAAUAGACGACGCGAUAAGGCUGGUAUCAUGGAAGGCUUCGAUCAUGCUUAUGAAGACGACUCUACAGACAUGAAGAACCCCCAGUUCCGGUACAUUCUAUAA